AUGGCGUCCUUCCUGCGCCAAAUUGUCGCCGGCCCGCGCGCAAAGCACCAGGAGACUGGCCUCGACCUUUGUUAUGUCACCAAGAAGAUCAUUGCGACUUCGGGCCCCUCGCAGACGUACCCGCAGCGCGCUUAUCGAAACCCCCUCGACCGGCUCGUCACCUUCCUCGACGAAAAGCACGGCGAUGGGUGGGCCAUAUGGGAGUUCCGCGCCGAGGGCACCGGCUACCCAGACGCUGCCGUCUACGACAGGAUACGCCACUACCCUUGGCCCGACCACCACCCGCCCCCGUUCCGACUCGUACCCAUGAUCAUGGCCGGCAUGCGCAAUUGGCUGGCAGGCGGAGAGCUCGACGGCGGCAAGAUCACCGACGGGGACCACGGGCCAAACGCGGAUGGGAACAAGGACGGGGCCGCGGAUAAGACGAGUAACAGGGUCGUCGUCGUGCACUGCAAGGCCGGCAAAGGCCGCUCCGGCAGCAUGGCCUGCAGCUACCUGAUCUCCGAGUGCGGGUGGACGCCCGAGGACGCGCUGGCGCGCUUCACCGAGAGGCGCAUGCGGCCCAACUUUGGCGCCGGCGUGUCGAUUCCCAGCCAGCUGCGCUGGAUCAGCUACGUCGACCGGUGGACCAAAGGCGGCAAGACGUACGUCGAUCGCGAGAUCGAGGUCAUGGAGAUUCACGUCUGGGGGCUGCGGCACGGCGUCAAGGUCUCGGUCGAGGGCUUUGCCGAGGAGGGCAAGAAGAUCAAGGUCAUCCACACCUUCAAGCGCGAAGAGCGCAUCGUGGUCGAAGGCGACGCCCCAGGCGGCGGCGGCAUUAUGGACCUAGUCUCGGACAUGACCGGCUACGGCCUCGGUGCGGGAAAUGACGACGACUCGGAGAUCCUCGAGGAUGCCGAUUACGAAGGAAUCGCAGAAGACGCGGCCAAAGGCGCCGACGCAGCACCGCCGCCUGCGAGGACCGAAUCGAAGAAGCUGAAGCCCUCUAAGGCGGCGAAGAUGGCGAGAAAGCUAUCGAGCAGAAAGGCCAAGUCUUCGCAAAACCUCGGCAAAAUGGGCAAGAGCAAGACCAUUGCCAUGCCCGACGCCUCGCAGGCGUCUUCGGCGGCAUCGCUAGCUCCUCCGUCGGAUGGCCCCCAGUCCCAGUCUACCACCAGCCUACAGAACAGCACCUCUUUUGCCGACUCGUCAGAGCCCGGCGGGCAGGCCGUCAUCUUCAAGCCCACGACGCCGAUCCGGGUCCCGAACAGCGAUAUAAACAUCGCCGUGGAGAGACGAAACCGGGCGCCUGCCAGCAUGGGGCUGACCAUGGUCACAGCCGUCGCCCACGUCUGGUUCAACACGUUCUUCGAAGGCAGCGGUCCCGAGCAGGGCGGCAAGGCCGACGACAGCGGCGUGUUUGAGAUCGAGUGGGAUAAGAUGGACGGGAUAAAGGGGUCGAGCCGUAAGGGGACACGGGCCUGUGACCGCCUGUCGGUGGUCUGGCGGGCGGCGGGAACGGAGAUUGGUGCUGGCCAGGGAGCUGGAGGCUCCGAGGGAGCCUCGGGGGUGACCAUCAACGAGCCCGGCGAGGACAGCCCCGUGCCACAGAUGGAGCCGGCCGACUGGAAGGGCGGCAACAAGGAGGACCCCACGGCGAACAAGCACCUCGGCUUGAGGGUCGCGGACCCCGACAGCGCGAGCGUCAGCAAAGCCAGCAGCGUCAAGAGCUUAGAGCUCGAGGGCCACGAAGGGAAAGGGGGUGACGAGAAGGCGAAGGAGGACGCAGGCGACGAAAAAGACGACGAGUCCCUGCAGGGCGUCAAGAUCAGCGGGCCGGCGGGCGAGGAGGCCUUGGACGACGGGUCGAAGAGCCAGCCAUCUGCUGCCCCUGAGACCAAGCCCGAGCCCCGCCCGGUGGGCGGUGGCGAGGCCGCGGCCGACGCGACCGCAAAGCACGGGUUCAUUGUCGAAUAG